UGCUUUCAGGGAUCUUGUUUUCUGCCUGCCCAGCAUGGGCUCUUACGCGCGCUCUCUCUUUUUGUUGGGGGCCCUGGCCCUGACAGAGACCUGGGCGGGCUCUCACUCCUUGAGGUAUUUCGGCACCACCAUGUCCUGGCCCGGGCUUGGGGAGCCGCAGUUCUUCUCUGUGGGCUUUGUGGACGAUCAGCAGUUCGUGCGCUUCGACAGCAACAGCACGAGUCAGAGGGUGGAACCACGGGCUCUGUGGAUAGAGAAGGUGAAGAAUGCGGACCGGGACUACUGGGAGCGGAGCACGCAGAUCAGUAAAAAGAAUACACAAAUUUCCCGAGAGGACCUGCAGACCCUGCGGGGCUACUACAACCAGAGCGAGGGCGGGGUCCACACCUUCCAGCGCCUGGUCAGCUGCGAGGUUUCCCCGGACCUCUCCUUCAAGCGGGGGUUUUAUCAGUUUGCCUACAACGGGCAGGACUAUCUCGCCCUGGACAUGGAGACCCUCACAUGGACGGCUGCUGGGAAGGAGGCAGUGAACUCGAAGCACAAGUUGGAGGCAGACAGGAGCAUUGCGGAAAGAUAUAAAGCAUACCUGGAGGAGGAGUGUGUGCUGUGGCUGAAGAUAUACCUGGAGAUGGGGAAGGAGACUCUGCAGAGGGCAGAUGCCCCUUCUGCCCGAGUGACCCGUCACAGCACCUCCAGUGGGGAGGUGACCCUGCAGUGCCGGGCCCAGGACUUUUACCCCGCAGAGAUCUCUCUGACCUGGCUGAGGGAUGGGGAGGAACAGCACCAGGACACAGAAGUCAUCGAGACCAGGCCUGCUGGAGAUGGGACCUUCCAGAAGUGGGCGGCUGUGGGGGUGACCUCGGGCCAGGAAGGGAGAUAUACCUGCCGAGUUCAGCACGAGGGGCUGCCUGAGCCCCUCACCCUGAAAUGGGAGCCAGAGUCCUCAUCCCCCUGGAUCAUUGUGGGGGUCCUUGCUGCCGCUGCCCUCCUCCUCACUGCAGUCAUUGCUGGAGCUGUGGUCUGGAGGAAGAAGACUUCAGGUGGGCAGGGCUGGAAGGGGGUCAUUGGGCACAGGCACUGUGGAGAUCCCGGCUUCCCCCGACCUCUCAUCUUGUCUGUCUUUCCCCAAGUUCUCUACUUGCCAGCGAAGAGACUGUUAGCCGGGCCCCAGGUUCUAGAUGAAUAAACCUGGAAGUGGAAGACACUUUCUAGAGGGAUGUUUUGUAGUGGUGUCACAGGCUGGCUGAGUGGGGAACCUGCUACAGACUCAGAUCAGAAAUGAACACAGGGAUCUCUGCUAAACAGACUGGGAGUUCUGUCCCUGGGCCAGACCAGAACAGGAACCCAGUGAUGCAGGCCUGGGAGUCGGAAAGUGCCCUUCCCUCGUGCCUCUUUCCCCUUUUCCUCUAAGAUC